AUGACUGAUCGGCAGAAUACAUCAACACAGGAUGUUCUCACCACCAUAAUAUAUAAUGCUGUGGUGUGCGGUAGUAUGGUGGUAGCGUUUUUCUUUAUGCGUCUUCGAUUCAGGCGUAUCUAUGAGCCCAAGUCUCACUUUGAAAUUGUCCCUGCCAAUCAGAGGCCUCCAAAGUUGCCUCGAACUCCCUGGGGAUGGCUAGAAACAGUACUCAGACGAUCCCCGGAGGCCACAAUUCGAGAAGCGGGAAUUGAUGGCUAUCUCUUUAUCAGAUAUUUACUAGUAUUCUCGUGUCUCUUCCUUGGUGGAAUAUUAAUGUGGAUUGUCCUUUUACCGGUCAAUGCCACCAACGGCAAGGGCGAAAACGGCUUGAACCAGUUGGGUAUUUCCAACGUGGGUCCGAGAAAUAGAUAUUACGCUCAUGCUUUACUGUCGUGGGUCUAUUACGGCUUCACUAUGUUUGUCAUCUAUAGGGAGUUGAUUUUUUAUACUAACCUUAGAAGUGCUGCCCUUGUGUCUCCAGCCUAUGCGGGCAAGUUGAGUGCUCGUACGGUAAUUUUUCAAACAGUUUCUGACUAUUUUCUCGACGAAAGGCAGAUCCCAAAGCUAUUCGAUGGCGUGAAGAGGGUCUGGAUAGCUCGCGCUCAGAGGAAGUUGGAGACCAAGGUCGUCGAGCGUGACAACUUGUGUAACACCUUAGAGGAGGCCUUAUGUAAGCUACUUUCCAAGGCAGUCAAGGCCAAAAAACGUGCGGACAAGAAAGGAGAGAGCAUAGAACAAGCGGACGAUAUCCAGUCCUAUAUUCCUCAGCAUAAAAGACCGACCAUGCGUCUCUCACCCAUCUUUGGUCAUAAGGUUGACAUUAUAGAUUACUGUCAUGAGAAGAUUCCUAAACUCAAUGAGGAAAUCGAACAGAUGCAGGCUAAUUACAGGACCGCGCGACCUCUUAACUCCGUGGCAGUUGAGUUUACCAAUCAGUUCCAUGCUCAGGCAGCCUUUCAACAACGUGCAGACGAUAGGUCCUUACGGUUUAUGCCUAGACAGAUAGGUGCAGAGCCUGGCGAUGUUUUCUGGCCUAACAUGCGGAUGUUCUGGUGGGAAAGAUUGAUGAGGGGCCUUUUUGCAGACGUGGCCAUUGCCGUAUUAGUAAUAUUCUGGGCCAUUCCAUCCUCAUUUGUGGGUGUUAUCUCCAACCUCACCUAUUUGACCAAUAAAGUUGACUGGCUUAGCUUUAUUAAUAAAAUGCCUAAGGCUCUUGUUGGUAUACUCACUGCUUUUUUACCUACCGUGAUGAUGUCAGUUUUUAUGUUGACACUACCCGGGUUGAUUCGAGGACUAGCCAAAAUUUCUGGUGCAGUGACUACUCAGUCAAUAGAAUCCUACACCCAACAAUCAUACUUUGCUUUUCAAGUCAUUCAAGUGUUUCUUAUCACUACAGUGGCUUCCUCAGUCACAUCUGUCAUCACUCAAAUCAUGGAAAAUCCUACUUCGGUUAUGGAAUUGCUCUCUGGAAACCUUCCACAAUGCUCCAAUUUUUUUAUCUCCUAUGUUCUUUUCCAGGGAUUCUCUAUCGCAGGUGGUUCGCUUCUCCAGGUGGCUUCCUUGAUACUUUUUUAUCUACUUGGCAAGCUCUUCGACAAUACACCCAGAAAAAAGUAUGUUCGUUUUAACAAUUUGGGGGCCUACCAAUGGGGAACAACAUUCCCCAUAUAUACCAAUCUUGCCGUCAUUACGCUUGCAUAUUCCAUCAUUUCUCCUAUUAUUCUUCUCUUUGCGGGUGCCUCCUUUCUGGUUCUUUAUGUUUGUUACCAGAAUAACGCUAAUUAUGUUAGUGGUAAGGCUGCGGACGGCUUAGGCAGGUACUAUGCUAGGGCGCUUUUUCAGACUCUGGUAGGAGUCUAUCUUGGAGAAAUCUGCUUGAUGGGAAUCUUUGCAGUCUCCAAGGCUUGGGGACCUAUCAUUUUGGAGUUGAUCUGGAUUCUCAUCACUAUAUUCUACCACGUGAGCAUGAACGAGGCCUUUGAUGACUUACUUACUGUGAUUCCAAACACUGUUAUGCGUCCAAUGGAUGGUAAAUCAACCACAAUGUCAUGGUUUGGGGAGAAGGGGACUGAGAGGAAGUCUGAUUCUUUAUUUUCGGACUCCAAUUCGUUGUCCCACUCUGAGACAGAGAUUCCCUUACUUAUUGAUGGUGAGAUCGACUACAAAGGAAGCAAUAUGAAACAGAACAUGCUUCUUCGUUUCUUUCAACCCGCUAAAUAUCUUUCCUACUCCAGGGUGAAAGAAUAUAUUCCUGCUACAUUUAGAGACAUGCCGAAUGAAUCCGAAGAAUGGAUCAGGCAUGCUUAUGAUUACAAAGUAGUGUCUGUUAAAUGCCCCAAGAUCUGGAUUCCUGAAGAUCCCAUGGGUCUUUCUAAAGUGGAGAUCGAGAGAUUUAAAGGAAUCAUCGAUGUUGUUGACAAAAAUGCCAUGUUUAACGAUAAGGGGAAAGCCAUCUGGACUGGACCUCCACCAGGUAAUGUAGAGCUCGACGAAUUCUCCAAAUCCCAAGAUAAUUCGAGUCUGUGA